GAUCUCCGGCUGUUCUUGCCACUGUUACACGGUCUCGCCGGGUCUCUCCAGUCCUCUCUUCGCAUUCUCGCAACCCUCACAAUCCCUUGUUCUCCUCUCCGACCCCCGUCGUCCCCCGUGCAUCCAUCCGUUGCGUCCGUCCGCACCCCCGCGUUCGACAUCCGUAAUUUCGUCGCCGGAAUUCAACUCGAGCCGAAGCCAGCCACGCCAGCUGAGGAGUCAGUUGCCCGCCGAACUCUUCAAGAUCGUUCCUCUCGUGUGCGAGACCUUCGCGACUCUUCCUCUUCUCGCAGGAAAGUGCUUGGGGGUUGAUCGCGCGCGCGAAGCUGCAGGCUUCUCUUCUUCCCUCUCGCAACGCUGACAGUCCCCCUCGACGUCGCAGCGACAGUUCCCGCUGUUCUUGAGCUCUCGCCAGCCGAAAAAUGAUGAGCUCGACGCUGAUAAUCGUCAUAUCUGUAACGGCGAUGACGAUCCUGUCCGGCGAGGCCUUCGCUGCGUUGCCCGCUCAAUGCAAUUCAGGAUUUCUCGAGGAGCUGCCACCCAGACUACGUAAAAUCUGCGUGGCCAUCGCUAGAAUAUGGGACGUUAGAGACAUGAACGACUUCGUCGAUGAUAAAGAAUACCGAGAGAACUUGCCCCGGUAUGACAGCGGUGUCAAGAGGCAAGACGUCGAUCACGUUUUCUUGCGCUUUGGAAAACGUUAGAAUGAUACCACACACUCUGCUCUGUAUUCGCAAGCGAUAAACGUUUCGAGUUCUUAAGUCGUACGAUCAUCAUCUCUGAUCAUUGACACUGUAGGACAUUUGCCAGAUGUAAAACAAAAGAGAGAGAAAUCAGCAGUCACCGCGCCAAAAGACACGAUCUCUUGAUCUUCUUAACGUUGAACAAUCCGGCCACUUUGAUCACUUUCACUCGCUGUCUGUGCAGCGCUGAGGAGUCAAAUUGUCCCCUCGAGCGUCUAUCUAGUGUUAAUUCGCUAUAAAAGUAAUUAUGCUUCGUCAAGAUUGAAUUUUAAACGCUUUAGCGCGCAGUUUGGUUCACCCUUUCUGUUUGACAAGAAGUAAAAAUGCGGAGAGAUUUUAAUUAACAAUUGACAAAAUUAAACGUGUCGUAUCUCGACACUAAUUGACGAUCAACCUUCUACUUUUGGGACUGAGAAAUUCCGUUGUGUGAUUUCUAGCAGCACAGAAAAUCUUCCUUUAAACGUUUCUCUGCAAGAACGUUGAAGUUGUUCAAUUUUUCGCCGUUCUUCGAAGAAUUCGAGAACAGAUUCUAUGAUACCUCUGCUCGAUCUUAAAACCUUUUACAUGAAUGGCAAAUAUCCUCUGAACAUUGAGCGCUACGUCCACUUCUAUUUUUCCUUGCCACGAGUAGAAAAAAAAUGUGACUGUAUAUCACAAAAAAAAGGUGUACUAUUUUAAUCUACGAAUCUCUGUCGUAGGUGAGUGUGUAUCAAGUUUACUCGUCUAUCGAUUACUCUACCUUAACUCUCUAAUCAUCACAGUUAGACUAACAUCGGCCACUUUACGAAUGUAAGAACGUAGGAACGUUGUGCCAUAUCGAUUUUCGCGCGACCACUAGUAUUACCAAUUAAUCACUCUCAUCUUCGCGUCACGUCGCGGGAUAAUAAUCUUUUACAUAAACGAGAAGGCAAAGGGCGCUGCGCGAGACUUUCCACAGGAUUUAUUUUGUAGAUCAGUGGCUCUACGGUCUCGUAAUACGAUCGCUGCCGCGGACGAUCAAUCUGAAAGCGCCAAAUGUAAUUAAUUCAAACAUAAAUUAAAUUGGGCCGACGCGCGCUGAUUACCGAUGAUCAAAACUGCUUUAAUCGUCCCAGCCUCAGAUCUCAGCCUUUUAAUUAAUUAACACUACGUACCCGGAUUCGGAGAGGGCUCCUAAUUCGUCCUAAGAGAAAUUGCAUUACUCCCAACGUCUCUACGUCUUACUUGCUCGUUAAAUAUAUUCGCUGCAUUGUGAAUGUACUGUCACUCACGGAACGAACGAAACUGUAAGAUAUGCUCGACAUGAUGCGGAUUAAUGUACGUAUAUGUCGUGUGGUAUACAUGAUAAUAUAUUUAUUAUAGUAGACAUAUAUGCAUACAUAAAUAUAUAUGUAUAUAUAUAAAA